AUGGCUGUCAUAAUUUCUAUUUAUUGUUUUUGUCACAAUUCUGAUCAUUUUACCUUUAUCAAGGACUUCCUAAAUGUUCGAUUUUAUCGAUAGUGUACGUGAUGAAGUUGUAGUUGAUUUUAUAGAUAUUCUCGAAUUUAUGUCGCUUGAAAGUCUAAGUCUAUAUGAUAGACUCACAGAAAAUUUAGUACUUAUCCUAAGGACGCAGUUCGGGAAACCCAGAUGCAAGGAUAAAUUCCUGGUAUGAAUUAAAUUAGUUUCUAUUUCACGUAAAUUUGUGGUAACUGGUAAACAUAAAUUGAUAGAAAUAAAGACAUGGAACCUGAAAACGCAGAUACUGAAACUCCACUAACAAAUGCCGGUGAAGGCUUUGAAACUAAAGGUAGAGAGAAUGCGGAACUUGGUGGAGAAGGAUUAGUUAAAUCAGAAGUAGAAAAUGUGGAGGGGGAACAAUUUGAAGGAGAACAUACUGAGGAAGAGCAGUUAAAAGGUGAACACAUCGAGGGAGAACAUACUGAAGGAGAAGAAAGGCCAGAAGUAAUUGGCGAAGGUGAAGAACUUGCUGGGGAAGAAUUAGAAGGUGAGCAAGUUGAAGCUGAAGAAAAAAAAGAUGAACAAAAACUUGAAGAGCAACUUGAAGAGGAGGAAUAUGUAGAGCCUCCUCCUCCGGAUCCAGCUGCACCAUUUGAUUUCAGUGAUUCCUCAGAAGCUAUUAAACCUAAAUUUGAACUAAGACCAGAACAAACGGCAGAAGUUGAACAGCUCUGGGAAGUAUUUCAAAACUACACCCCAGCUUACACUGAUAUUCAUGAAUACAUAACUGAAAAAGAAUUAGUUUACAUGCUGAAAGCAUUACUUCUAAUGACAUAUACACCAGAGCAGUUACAAGAACUCAUAGCAUUUUGUGUUAGGCCACCGCAUCCUCAAGGCCAUAUAAAUUAUGAUCAGUUUUUAAAAAUGGUGACAUUGCGACAAAGGGACUUUCCGAUUGAGGAAGAACUACGUGCAGCGUUAAAGGUGCUAGAUCCGGAUAAUGCCGGUACAAUAGACAGGGAAUAUUUUAAGGAAAUAUUAGCAAAACAAGGUCACAAGAUGCCACCAAAGAACUUAGAAAAUCUAGUUAAAGAAGUUGAUAUAAGUAAUGACGGUACUAUAGGGAUAGAGGAUGUUAUUGGUACAAUGUGCAUCGAUUUGAAUAAAGAAGAUUUAAUGAUGCUUAGGGCGGCGAUUUUCCCAGAGGAACAACCAGUUGAAGAUACUGAAGUCUAAA